AUGGUGCAAGGGUUUGCCAGUAUCCAGGGGCAGUUUGCCUGGUAUGACAGACGCUUUGAGAGGAUGGAGAAGGAUAUCCACAACAUCAAUGCCUACUUGUAUUAUGAAGGCAAUGAUGAGGAGGAGGACAACAACGAUCUUUUCAAAUCUCAGCCGAUGAGGAUAAUCGGUGAAAUCAUCAUCGACGAAUUUCCCCCACUCCCUGUUGAGGAAUCUUUCCUCGACGGGUACGGGUAUAAUAGUAGUGAUGAUAGCGGAGGGGCUGGUGGUGGUGGUGGUGGUGGAGGUGGAGGUGGUAGUUACAGUGGUAGAGGCGGUGGUGGUGGUGCUGAUGGAGGUGGAUGUAGUGGUGGUGGCGAUGGAGGUGGUGGAGGUGGCGGUGGAGGUGUUGGAGGUAGUGGUGGAGGAAGUGAUGGAGUUGGUGGUUGUGGCUGUCACAUCCCAACCCCACCCUAG